AUGCUGUGUCCAGUCCUUCUCAAUGAGCGGGAUGGUGUCGUAUUCUUCUGUUUCCUGUCUGUUUUGCCUUUUUUUCUUGGUUGCUGGUUCGGCUUCACCUCACUCCUCCCAUCACAUCGCUGCUGCUGGUGGUGUCUCUAUGCUGGAAAAGAAAUUAUCAUCCCGCUUCCUGGCGUGGCUAUCAAUGGAUAUCGCGUUAUGGAGUCGAGAGUUGCCUGCAUGCACGCUUAUGUCGAGGGUUGUCCUGAUACCCCAGAGCCAAUGCAAGCCACGGACAUCAACCGGCCACAGACCUCUGCUGAUCAAGAUGUUCAAAAGUGA